AUGGCGCCUGUGCCAGUACUACUUGGAGCUGAUGUGGUUGCUGCGCGCGGGAUGCAUAUCAAGAAAAAUGAGACUGCAUUCCAAGAGAACAGCGCGACGAUUGUGAUGCCAUCGAAAGAGGCCGCUUUUCUCAAUCCUGUCCAGGAGUUCAACCGCGAUUUGAGUACACUAUCGAUUAUUUCAUGGAGCAAAAUUUUGAACAAAGAAAAAGAGCAGCGUUUUUCUGCUCACGGCAAAGCACACAAUGCGAAGUGCAACGAGCACGCGGCGAAGCGCGCCAAGACAGAAGAGGUUGCGUAUCGCGACUAUAAGUUCAAUGCCUUGGAGGCACUGAGUGCGACAGGAUUGCGUAGUAUCCGCUACGCAAAAGAGAUCCCGCUGCUUGGGUCCAUCGUCGCGAACGACCUGUCGAAGACUGCAGUGGAUGCCAUGCGCAGGAAUCUAGCGCUGAAUUUUCCGCCGGGGAGGCAGCUCGAGGCAUGGUCGUUUGUGGCGGUGCCAGACGCAAAGGACGUGCCUUCAGAAGAGCAUGAAUCCCAAGCGCCCACCAUCCAUCCCGACUGCAAGGUGCAUGCGAACCAGGGCGAUGCGAUUGCGCUGAUGUACCAGCACCGAGACCCGCCCAAGCGGUUUGAUAUGAUUGACCUUGAUCCGUACGGGAGUGCUGCACCGUUCCUUGAUGCCGCGGUUCAGUCUGUCGCCGAUGGCGGCUUGUUGUGCAUCACAUGUACGGAUUUGGCGGUGCUUGCAGGGCACAACUACCCUGAAAAGUGCUGGUCCUUGUACGGCGGCGUGAGCGUCAAGGCCGAAUACAGCCACGAAGUUGCACUGCGCCUUGUCCUGCACGCGAUUGCACAGGCAGCAGGUCGCUACGGCCGCUAUAUCCAACCGAUGCUCUCGUUAUCGAUCGAUUUCUACUUGCGAGUCUUCGUGCGCGUAUGGUCUAGGCCAGAAACGGUCAAAUUGAACGCGGCCAAGACAGGACUUGUGUACACUUGCUCAAAAUGCAGCAAUUUUCAUAUCCAGCCCAUGGGCCGGACGACGCACUCCCAAAGCGCCACCGGCGGAACGCAUCUUAAAUUUGGCUCCGCAUCGGGGCCGCCGACCGAUAUGAAAUGUGCCGAAUGCGGCGGAAGUUUUCAUGUAGGUGGGCCUAUGUGGUUUGGCGCGCUCCACGAUCCAGCAUUCUGCACCGAGUUGCUGCAGACUCUCGAUAGUGGGGAGCACAAGGUUGGUACCGAAGCGCGGAUUCGCGGCAUGGUCAACACUGCGCGCGACGAAUUGGACGCGCCAUUCUAUUUCCAUCCUGCCAAGGUCGCGGGUCUUUUUCACUGUACGAGUCCGGCACUGGCGCCUGUGGUGCAGGCCCUGUUGAAUGCCGGAUUCCAAGCAUCCAGAUCACACUGCGUUGCGGGUUCGAUUAAGACAGAUGCGCCGCGCACCGAAGUGCACGACCUGUUCCGCACAUGGAUCCGGAGCAACCCUGUGAAUCCUGCGCGCAUCAAGGAGAAUUCGGCGGCGUGGAGUCUUUUGCAACACCGGCGCCAGGACGGCUCCCCAGCAACGCGCCGUGAAUUCGAUUUUGAUACGCCGCACAAGCGCACGGAAGAGGCGAUCAAAGGUACUGUCAGCGCUGGCCGUAUGGUACGCUACCAGAUGAAUCCCCAAGCAAAUUGGGGCCCUGGAACGGCGGCCAAAGGCCACCAAAAGCAUGCUCCACGCAGUCUCGCGCCGGAAGAAAUCGCACGGCGCGCGCAAGAAUGGAAACAAAAAGAGGCAGAAGACACGAAGACGUAG